UCUUGACACAUUUGACGUGAUUUUGACAGUUGGAUUCGACUUUACGAACAAACAAUAAUUUGUUAUCAAAUUUUACAUUAUUUUACAUUGUCACAAACUACUUAGCUAUUUAUAUUGGUCACCUUUUCUUGUUCUUCGUUUUGCAAAAAAAUUGGUGCAAUACUUGCCCACAAAAAAAUAACCUAAAAGCUGCGAAUGUGAUGUAAUUAGCACAAAACCACCUAAACCAAAGAAAAAAUCAGUAUUUUUGUGAUGGAUUAUGAACUUCCGACAGAGUUCGAUAUUAUAAUUAUAGGGACAGGCGUUAUCGAGUCAAUAAUUUCAGCAGCGGCUAGCAGAAUCGGAAAACGAGUCUUACACAUUGAUAGUAACAAUUACUAUGGGGGGCUUUGGGCCUCGUUCAACUUGGACGCAAUUCAAAAACUAGCCACGGUUGAAGAAACACUAAAUGAGGGUUUGGGGAACACUUUUUUCAAUGUAAAAAAUUUCGAAAUUGAAUGGCACAUUCCGAGCGAAACGCCCCCAGAAUCAACCGAAUGGUCCCGCCAAAGCCUCCUGAAAGAAUCGCGCAGAUUUAACCUAGACCUCGCCCCAAAACUCCAAUUCGCACGCGGUGAUUUCGUCGAACUUUUAAUCUCGUCAAACAUUGCCCGUUAUUCCGAAUAUAGGAGCGUUAGCAGAGUCCUGACUUGGCUCAACGGCCAACUGGAGACAGUCCCGUGUUCACGUUCGGACGUUUUCGCCAAUAACAAAGUCACAGUGAUUGAAAAACGCAUGCUUAUGAAGCUCUUCCUGGCGUUAGAUAGUGGCGAAGAAGAUUAUCACAAUUAUGAAAAUAAAACCUUCCGUGCGUUUUUAACCGAUAAAAAAUUGACCCCGAAUUUGAUUCACUACGUCCUUUAUGCAAUCGCAAUGUGCACUGAUGACACGCCCUGUUUGCAAGGAAUCAAAAACACGAAGCGAUUUUUGGACAGUUUAGGCCGUUUUGGCAAAACCCCCUUUUUAUUUUCCAUGUAUGGAAGUGGGGAAAUCACCCAAGCGUUUUGUAGAUUGAGUGCCGUUUUUGGCGGUAUUUACGCCCUUAAUCAACCACUGAAAGGCCUAAUUUUAAACGGCGAUAAUUUUGAAGGCAUCACUUGUGGCACACAGGAAAUCAAAGCGGGGGUUCUAGUCAUGGGGGCUGAGAAAGCCCCCCCACAUUUCAUCAAACAACACCCGAAAUCAUCCAUCGCAAGAGCUAUUUUAAUCACAGAUAAAUCUAUAAUGGAGAGUGAAAAGGAACACUUGACUUUGCUCCUAUACCCCCCAGAAGGGGGCAAAAAUUCAUGCGUGGUCCUAGAACUGGGGUGUUUGACCGGGACUUGCCCCAAAGACUUAUUUGUGGUACAUUUGAUUUCACGACAGGUUGAGGGGCCCCAAAAUGAUUUUAAACACAUUAUUGGGAAUUUGUUUGGGCCUGAAAAGGCAAAUAUUUUGUGGUCUUGCUAUUUUUCAAUUCCUGAUUCAAAUGAUUUGGAUUUGACUGUGGAAACCCCCAAAAAUGUGACACUGUGUCCAGGGCCGGACCUAGACCUGGAUUAUGAUGAUGCUGUGAGAAAGGCCAAGGCUAUGUUUACGGACAUUUUCCCCGACUGUGAGUUCUUGCCACGGGCCCCCGACCCUGAAGAAAUCAUCAUUGAGGGCGAAACGUCGGAUCAAGACAACGUUGAACUUAAGGCUGAGAGCGCAAAAACGGAAGAAUAGAUCCAUUUUAUAUUUAUUAUAUUAACUUAUAAAUAAAUAAACACACAAAAACAUUAACCCCAA